AUGGAAAGUUGGUUUUUAAGCAAGCAUAAACCAUUGUUGUUUGGGUUUUUUAUAUACAUGAUGAUGCUACCAAUUUUCAUGGUUGGACAGAUACAAGGUGUUUGUAUAGAAGAAGAAAAAAAGGCACUCCUAGAUAUCAAAGCCUCUUUGAAUGAUUUUUGCUACACUCAUGAUAUCUGCAGUAAUCUUCUCCCGACUUGGGCUGACCAUGGAAAUACCGGCGGCAGUAGACACAACGAAUGUUGUAAUUGGGAGAGAGUCAAAUGUAACAUGACCACCGGUCAUGUUACGUACCUGUCUUUGGGAAACAUGAUUGCUAAGCCUACAGUAGAUGAUUGGUACAACACCUACAUGGAUGAUAGAAUAUGGUCGUUAAAUGUUUCUCUCUUUCUUCAUUUUAAAGAACUGAGAAGUCUCGAUUUGUCAUUAAAUCAUCUUGACGACACGAUACUUAGCACAGGACCUGAAAGGUUGUCGAGUUUGAAAAAACUGGAGACAUUCAAUCUUAGUUAUAAUAGUAUUGGAAGCGGCCUCUUUCCUUCAUUAGGGGGAGUCACCUCACUCAAAACUUUGGAUAUGAGUUACACUGCAAAAGACUACGAUCCGUCAUCACGCAAAGCAGAAAGUGGAACAAAAGUUCAAAACGAUAUAUCAAUAUUGGCAGCUUUGGAAAACUUAGUGGUAUUGGAUCUCACUGGGAGCGACUCUUAUGGUACCUUCCAAGUGCCAGGAGGUUCAGAGAAGAUUUCUAAAUUGAAGAGUUUGGAAACUCUAUCUCUCGCUCACAAUCAAUUUAAUGGAACGAUUAUCACAUCUUUAAGUGUCAUUCCAUCGCUAAAAGAAGUAGAUCUUAGUAAUAAUCCGUUAUCUGUGCUUCCAACCGAAGGCUGUGAGAGCUUAUCAAGAUUGGAAAGGCUAGAAACUAUAACACUUAGAUAUACCUAUCUCAACAAGAGCCUUAUAUCGUGUCUAAGUUUCCUCCCAUCCCUCAAGAAUCUUGAUCUUAGCCGUUCUAAUUCUACAAAUUUGGGAAGUUCCUUUCCUAUACAAGAGUUAUCUAGCUUUAGAGAGUUGAAGUCACUUGACUUGAGCAGAUGUGACCUACAGUCACUCACAUCAAAUGAAUUGCCCCAUUUGCCUGACUUGGAAAUCCUCAGGUUGAGAGUUAAUAAUUUCAAUGGAACGCUACCAAUAGAAGCUUUGGCAUCUUUUCACCAUCUGGAGGUCUUAGAUUUGAGUCUAAACAGCUUUUCUGGAAGUAUCCCGUCGACAAUACAGUCAUUGUCUUCUCUUAGGGCCAUCUCAUUCGCUGACAAUGCACUCAAUGGAUCGCUGCCUGAAACUGGGUUAUGUGACUUAAAGAAUCUCCAUGAGCUCGACCUUGGUGGGAACAUGUUCAGUGGUAGCCUGCCUGAAUGUUUCAACAGGCUAUCAUCUCUUAAGCUCUUUGAUAUUUCUUCAAAUUUAUUCACGGGAUCACUUCCGCCAUCUUUGAUUGCUAAUCUCACAUCUCUUGAGUAUGUAGAUUUUAGUCAUAACAACUUUGAAGGUUCAUUCUCCUUCAGCUUAUUCUCCAAUCAUACAAAGCUUGAGGUAGUUGCGUUUAUAAGCGACAAUGACAAGUUUGUGGUCGUAACAGAAGAGCCUAAAGGUUGGAUUCCAACAUUCCAGUUGAAAGUUCUCGUGCUGUCGAAUUGCCAUAUUAACAGUGUUCCUAGCUUUCUACUUCUCCAGCACGAGUUACGGGUGCUAGACAUGUCACACAACUCCUUGGUGGGACACUUUCCCAUUUGGUUGAUAAAAAAUAAUACUGCGCUGGAAUUUCUUAUUCUAAGGAACAACUCAUUCGACGGUAAUAUUUCUAUGUUGUCAUUAUUAAGGAAUGACCAAAUGGUUUAUUUGGAUAUUUCUGAAAAUCACAUGAGAGGUACUAUCCCCAGCGAUAUACAAAAGCUCUUUCCCAGCAUAACUCAGUUAAAUAUGUCCAGGAAUUUUUUAGAUGGUGUUAUCCCAUUUUCCGUUGGUGAAUUGAGUCGGUUAGAGGCACUGGAUUUAUCUCAUAAUCAGUUGAGUGGAGAAGUACCAAUGGGAUUGCUUACAAAUCUUUCGGACUUGUGGCAAUUAAAACUAUCAGAUAACAGCUUGCAGGGAGAGGUACUAUCGGGAAACUUAAGCCUGGGUCCUUCCUUGGAUAGCCUUCAGUUAGAUAGCAACCUUUUCACAGGGAAGAUUGCAAGUGUGCUUGGCGAGAACGUUUAUAUGUAUCUUCUGGAUAUUAGCGAUAACUCAUUCUCGGGUAUGAUACCCGGUUGGAUAAGCAACCAUUCUAUCAUGGAACUUUUGGUGAGAAACAAUCAGUUGGAGGGGCAGUUUCCUUGUGGAACAGCUUCAUUCUCUUUUCUCGAUAUCUCAUAUAAUAGUUUCUCAGGUCCCAUCCCGUCCUGCUUAAGUUGGCAAUUUGUGAAGCAUCUACAUUUGGGUUUCAACAGAUUUACUGGAUCUAUACCAGCUUCGUUUAGCAAUUUGACCAGUCUUUUGACUUUGGAUAUACAAAACAACAGCUUGUCAGGCAGUAUUCCUGAGGUUCUUGGUGAACUAUCCAAUUUAAGGAUCCUUCUUUUGGGAAAAAAUAAGUUUAGGGGGUCGAUUCCAAAGCAGUUGUGCCAGUUACGUAAUGCGAGUUUGAUAGAUUUAUCUAGCAACUUCCUUUCUGGUUCAGUACCUCCCUGCCUGGAAAAUAUUACUGGGGCAACUUACCCUGCUUUCAUACAGAGCAUAACUUUGGGCCUGGGUUUUGAGGGUUCAGCUGAUUUUUCUUCUAGUGUUCUGGAUAAACAAUUUUAUCUACUCGAAACUGUGGACACGGUUGAAGCAGAAAACAUAGCUGUGUUUACAAUAAAAAGCAUGCCUCGCCUCUGCAAAGGCAACUUCCUUAAUAUCAUGACGGGGUUGGAUCUAUCCAGUAACAAUCUCACAGGUGAAAUCCCACCGGAACUAGGGAGAUUGACCCAGAUUCACGUUUUGAACCUUUCUCACAACCAGCUGACUGGACCCAUCCCAGUGUCGUUCUCAAAUCUUUCGAAUAUAGAAAGCAUGGACCUUUCUUCAAAUCGUCUGAGUGGCAAAGUUCCAUCGGAACUAACUAAACUGAACUCCUUGGCUGUUUUUAAUGUUUCCAACAACAAUCUAUCAGGUAGACUCCCAGACUUGACAGCACAGUUUGGUACCUUUUCCAGUGCAAGCUAUGAAGGGAACCCAUUUCUUUGCGGGCAGCCGCUAGAGAAGCAAUGCACGACUACGACCAAGCCACCGACGAUCAUCGUUCCACCAGCUGAAGAAGGCACUGAAAAAUGGUACGAUAUUGAUAUGGCAUCCUUUUAUGUCACAUGGGCUGUGGUCAUGUUGGGAUUUGCUGCGGUUCUUUACAUGAAUCCUUACUGGCGUCGAAGGUGGCUAGACUUUGUUGAAGAAUGUAUAUAUAAAUGCUAUUACUUUCUGUAUGAUUUAGUAAGGAAGCCCUGUAUGAAGAAUUGAUGUAU